AUGAGCCACUCCUCCCGGGUUUUGGGAUUGGCGACAUGUUGCCGCCGUCCGUUGAUCGUGUUACAGCGGGCGCAUGUCGCGAAAUCUCGAACACACAUGCCACGUUCCCUUCAAUGCGAUUCCAAUACCCAACACAUCUCUGCCUACGCACAAUUGCGCACUCUCCGAUCCUUCAGUUCAACUCCAGCUACUACCGCGGGCAAACGGAAAGAUAGCGGUAGCGAUGCUCUCGUUCAAUACACGGUGCAAAAGGGCAGGGUCUGGCUACCCGACCGCGAGAAGUGGAUUCGGCCUUGGAAGCCCGACGACAUCGAGACUUUUGCAUCCGGUUGGAUUCGGGGAGAUUCUCUUUCCCGGGUGUUUAAGCGGAUGGGGAGGGAUGACGUGGACCUAGACGAAGUGGCUUUCUACAAAAAACUUAUUGUCCAGCUGUGUCGUCAGCGCGACCCUUCGUUGCCAUCCGACACGCACAAGUUCGACUGGGGUCCGGGUUAUCAUGAUGUUCAGGGCAUUGACCAAGCGGAGGAGCGACGCAGGCUUCUCAACUCCAAGAUCAAACGCCGACUCCGCUCGAUUUAUGACGCGCUGCUCGACUGCUAUCCCCAUCCCGAAUGGGUCUCGGGUUUGCAGAAAAAGAGCCCGAACCAGUGGAUCGACCAGAUAGUGGACAUCCUAUCCGAUCCUGUCAGAGAAAUUCUGGCUAGUCCAUACCCGCCGACCAUUGCCAAGCUCAAGGAGCUUCCAUGGCUCGAGGUGAAUGAGCAGAACGCGGGCGUUGAGCUGGGCGUCUACGGCCUUAUAGAGCGCCCAACCCAAAGCCAAAGUUAUAAGACCGAAGACGCCAGUCUCUAUGUCGGCUCAGCAGCUUCGCACAGAGGAGGGCUACUUUUGCGUCUCGUAACCCAUUAUUUUGCCCGACACCAAACCCUAGGUGCCAAGAGUGCGACCUGGAUCCAGGACGCCGCCUUGAACCUCACAAUGCCCAAAUUCCCUUUUAUUCUUCUGCGGCUCCCUAAUCCCAUGGCCUCCAAGACUCCCACCAAGAUUCUGGAGGACCUGCAACUGAUCGUUCUGGCCGAGGCCUUGUUCAUGGUAUAUCUCGGAGCUAUGUCGACGUUUCAGGGCAAGCAUCACCCUCUUGCACGGGCGAGCCCGUGGGACGUUGAAGACAUUGCGUAUCGAGGAGUCUCGGGCGCCAAUCCCCUCUGGGAAGCUUAUGGUGCCGCGAAGCUGCAAGAGCAUGGUCACGAGCAUGACAGGCGGCUGUUUGCUCGUCCCAAUGAGUGGCCUGGCUGGCCCGCCAAGAACCAGAAGAACGUCAAGUCGCAAAAGGACAGUGAUGAUGAAGCUAUCGCGGCCAUCCUUGCGGCGGCCAAUAUCAAGGCCUUCCCUGGAACUCUUGGGUCGCGUUCGUCGUCUCAAAAGUCUCAAAAGAAGGCUUCCGUGCCUGGCGGUAAGGGUCGGUAGGCAAU